UUGGUGGUGGUGGUAGGGGUGUAGGUAUGGGGGGCAUAGGUGAUGUUGGGGGUGUUGGUGGGGUUGGUAAUACUGGUGUGGGUGAUUUAGACAUGGGUAUAGGUGACAGGGGUAUUGGUGUUGGCACAGUGGGCAGUCAGCCCCGGGGCUCGAACAUCAUGGAUCAGAUUAGCUGUGUGGUGAACCGUUUCACCGCCAAUAUCAGCCAGCUCAACAACAUGAUGCUCCCUGGGUCGCCACCGGAGGGAGCUGACCCCCCUCCUCCGGGUCCAGGCCUCACCCCCACCCCAUGCCCUCCUCCCUACAUCCUACCCCGCACCCGACAGCCAAAUACCACAGUCACCACCUACGCUGAAGUAGCAGCCAUCGCCGCCUCUAACCAUGGCAACCCCCGGGUAGGCGGGUCGGUCGGUGUGGUCUAUGGUCCUGGGGGCGGGGUGUGUGGUACUGCAGCGGUGAGAACCACAGAGCUGCUGGAGGAGCUGGCUGCUCUGGCCCCUCCUUCCCCGUUUAGAGACUCCUCCCUGGAGUCGCCUGGCGCCACGCCCCCCUCCCUGGCCUCAGAGUCUGCCCUGGGUGAGCCCUGUCCCCCGGGGAAAUAUGACAGACUGAUGCUACGGCACUACAGCCAGAGCUCCUCUUCCCUGUAAACUCCUCCUCCCCUUCCCUGUAAACUCCUCCUCCUCUACUUCCUCUUCCCUGUAAACUCCUCUUCCUCUUCCUCCUCUUUCCUAUAAACUCCUCCUCUUCCCUGUAAACUCCUCCUCCUCUACUAGAGAUGUGUUCUGUGGAAUAAGAGGUCAGAAUAUGAAGUUUUUUUUGGAGAUUUAGUUGUGCACAGUUGGAGAAACAGGAAAUGAGAAGAGAGCUGUACAACAGUGCUGGAUGAGCUACACAAUAUUUAGUCAACUUUAUUUCCUUUUCUUGGAUAAGAGCCAUAGUUUCUCCCCCCUGAGAGUGUUGGGGGACACCAGGAGGAGAGACAGGGGGAGGGCCUCAGGACCGCAGUACAGCCACAUUAAAGACUGAAGGGCCUCAGGACCGCAGUAUAGCCACAUUAAAGACUGAAGGGCCUCAGGACCGCAGUACAGCCACAUUAAAGACUGAAGGGAUACAGGACCCCAGUACAGCCACAUUAAAGACUGAAGGGCCUCAGGACCGCAGUACAGCCACAUUAAAGACUGAAGGGCCUCAGGACCGCAGUACAGCCACAUUAAAGACUGAAGGGCCUCAGGACCGCAGUACAGCCGCAUUAAAGACUGAAGGGCCUCAGGACCGCAGUACAGCCACAAUAAAGACUGAAGGGAUACAGGACCCCAGUACAGCCACAUUAAAGACUGAAGGGAUACAGGACCCCAGUACAGCCACAUUAAAGACUGAAGGGCCUCAGGACCGCAGUACAGCCACAUUAAAGACUGAAGGGCCUCAGGACCGCAGUACAGCCACAUUAAAGACUGACUGGCUGACUGCCUGACUGCCUGACUGACUGACUGACUGCCUGACUGACUGACUGGCUGCCUGACUGGCUGCCUGACUGACUGCCUGACUGCC